UCCUCCAACGUCCAAGGUUGAUAAUUAGCUCUAUAAUUAUCAGAAAAUUCAGCUUUUCUUUUUAUUGGAGAAAUGAGUGUAGCAGUGUACCUGCGUCGGAAUUAACCUGUCAACAUAAUGUAGCUGAAAGUGGUCGGAGUGUGGUUUUUUUUAUGUUUGCUUUAACUUGAGAAUAAGGAGUUAGUGAUAGUAACGAUAACUAAGUUCUAAAACUGGCAGUGACUGCUGUAGAACUAGCUUACAUUUACUAACGGUUUACUCUCAACGUUACUCUAACAGCGACGAACCGUGAAGUGAGCUGUUUAACCGUUUUCUGAAACCCCCAGAACCCUGUUUACUGAUGGCGGUUUGUUGUGGUGCGUGUGCCAUGGUGACACAGGGGUGGGUCUUUUCUCCUCUUUAGUUUUGCUGUUUUCAAGGCAACCGACCCAUGCUGUGAAAUCUGCCCAUCAUGAAAUCCCUCAAGUCUUCUUGGUCAUCUCAUCUCCAGUAUCGACCCAUUACUGUGUUUGUACGAGGUAUUGCAUCCAAAUGCUUCCUGUUCCUCAGCACUGAAGAGUAAUCACUGAGUCUGUAGCUGUUACCUCUGGACUGCCACCAGCUCAAUGACUUCUACCAUAAUUUGUAAACUUCCUCCACCAUGGUUUUGAAAGUGGCUGCAGAGCCAAAGAAACUAAAAAAGAUGCUAAAGGUUCCCAGGCCUGGCUGAAACACUAACUGAAGUCAAAACAAAGAACUGAGGGAGGCUGCAAGGUGAAUGGAAACAAGACAGAACACCACAGCAGGGGUUCUGUUCUGGACCCCUGCCCCAGUCCACUCCUCACCUAAUAGCACUGCUAUAUCAGAAGAUGAGUGGGAUGAAGAACAGGCAGAAAAAGAGGAUGACUUUUUUAGUCAAAUGGAUGAGAAUGGUAUCAUUGGACUGUCAGAGGCACUUGAAAAUGUGGAAUUGGAGGAAUGCAAUUCAGAUGGGUGCCCUGGAUCCCUCACCCCAGAGGGGGCAGAUUAUAGUGUGGGUGAGAGGGACACAUCGUCUGAGGAGAUGAUCUACAAGCUGAGUAAGCAUCUGUCGCACCAUAAACCAACAGAAGAAGAUACAGGAAAACUGUCAUCCUAUGAGUUAAAAACGUGGUCAGAGGAUAUGGAGGUGAGGCAGAGAAUGGAGGAGCAGGUAGCAGAGCAUCUUUCUGAGUGGGACAAACACCACGACACGACGAAUGAUGACAAAGAUGGAGAAGAAGAGAGAGGGAGGAGUGAUUGGAGUAAAAAGAAAUUUGAGCACACUAGAACAUCAGGGGAGCUUGGAAGAAAGCUGGCAGGACUCGCUGAAGGAUAUUGUGGUAAAGAAGAGAAUAAAGAGAUCAGCUCAGGACAAUCUUUUAGCGUUCAGCUGCAUGGUGUCUCCUGUCCAGCCUCCCGUUCUGCCUUACCCAUUGCCGCUUCCACUUUGCCCCAUCGUCUGCAUUUCACUGCCGAGGAAUUAAAUACUGCCCCAGGAAUUGAAGCUGAAACCUUUCCAGAAAUAAGCUUUACAGAAAGUUUUCAAGAGUCUAACAGUAGCCACAUGAGCCUCAACUCCAGUCCUCGCUGUCCCGAGAUAAAGCUCAGGGCUUCGCCUCAGCCAGCAGCAUUGUUUUCUGAACAGGUCAUCUCAAAUCAUUACAGGAGAUUAAGUAAUGGCCCUGGAAAAGAACCAGGAAAGAGAGAUAAGGAGCAUAGUCACCCCACUCCCACACCGAGAAAGAUAAGGAAGCACUCUCCUGAGGCUGCAUAUUCAAGAACUCAUUCCCCCGGCACAGUCAGGCCCAACAAACAACAGAACACAAGUCGUGACAGGGACGUGGUAACGCCUAGAACCAGGAGCAAUGCUGUUGCAGAGUACGAAUCUAGAAAGGGGCCUCUGAGUUACCACACACCAGACUUCUCGAAGGUCGAACCCAGAGUUCAUUUUCCUAAAGGCGGUUACAAGCCCCCCAGGAGCAGGCCCUUGUUAACGAGGAAGUCCUUAUCACCCGAGCCACCUAUAGUCUUCAAAUCCCCUGCUGAUAUAGUGAAAGAAGUCCUACUGAACACCGAUGGUGAAUCUCCUACCUCGCCAGAUUCUGACGGACAGGCAACAAGUGCAAUCAACGCUAUUGUGCCUCAGGAGUUCAGAUGCCACCAGCAGGCCACCACACUGGUCAAUCAGCUUCAGGAAGACUACGACAGACUGCUGACUAAGUACGCUGAGGCAGAGAACACCAUUGAUCGUCUGCGUCUGGAAGCCAAGGUUAACCUGUACUCUGACCCACCAAAUCCCGGCCACUGCGUGCAAUCAGGACUAAACUGCGGUGCUUCAAAGUUGCUAAAAUUUGAUUUUCCUCGGGCUCAGAAACCCACGACAGAUCAGGGAAGUUCAGCUACCGGUCCUACCGAACCAGACUCUAAACUUGGACAGCAGCUAGCCAAUAUUCUGUUCAGCCAGGCCGAAACAUUUCUGCAGCAGCUGCAGACGUUUGAGGAUCUCCUUAAAAGCAAAAAACUUCAACCUUUUGAACAAACUGAGGGUAUGGCUCAGCUUGCCGAGGGGCUCGAAUCUUUAGAGAGGGGAUACUUGUUGGCGAGGGAUGAGCACAAACUCCUGCAGCAGCGAGGCAUAGAAAUCAGCCAGUUUGACCCAGAACGGGAGUUGGAGGGGCUGAUCUUUCAGUGUGGGCUGCGUACGGACGAGCUGAAGGAGCAGAUGGAACAGAUGCAACCGGAUCAGCCCACCUGGAUUACUCCUCCCUCUCCACCUCCUCAACCAACCACACCAUCUGCCCUCUCUGUGGAUGUUGUAACCUUCACUCACCCACAGGUCCUGCCUGUGCCUCUGCUCUCUGAGGCAGCGGAAGCAGAAGUGAGCUCAACCUGUAAAGAGAACGAUGAAGAGAAGUCUGAGGGAGAGGAUGAAGAAACUCUCUACCUCAGUUCUCUCUACCUCAAUCCUCUGAAGGGCAAAAUUAAAAGUGUUGCAGAGGACUUUACCAUGGCAGUGAAUCACUACCGAAGCAUCAAGGAGCUUCCCAAACUUCUAGAGCGUAGCCUGAAUGAAGCAGUUCUCUCCUCUCCUGCUUUAAGAACUAACAUGCAGUCUGAACACAAGGACAGACAGGAAACUGGAAACAAUGAAGUCUGGAAAACUCUCUCUCAGAGGAAUGCACAAUCAGACCAUCAGGGCUAUUCUUCUGACGUGAACAAACAGCAAAACAGCAGGUCCAGUCCUCGUCCGGCCUCCAGCCGGCUCAUGAUGUUUCCUGUUUUUCGUCAGAGUAACAUAAAGAGGGUAGAGGUGGGAAAGUCUCACAGCAGCAGUCUGAGCAGCCUCGGAGAUGUAAAAGUGUCAGAGUUGAGGAGCUCCGAGGUUCAGGCUGGGGGCAGGAGAGUGUUUUCUCAGGAUGGUAUCAUCUCUCCAGAGACAGACAGCGGGUUUGUUGGUUCAGAGAGCAGCCGUCUAACUCCUGCAACAGCUUCCAGUCCUCUCCACCAGAGGGCAUCAGAGAGCAGUGUUCCAGUGCCUCAGGAAGGAAGCACGAGUCUUCAGACAGGCCGAGUCUUUGCACCAUCUCAUUUUUCCUCACCGUUGCACAGUCAUACAGCUAAAGACCUGAUUAUGAGCUCCCGACUUAGCCUCAGCCUCGACCAACCACAGAGAUGCAGAAGGGCAGUGAGGAGACGCACCUCCUCCUGCUCUCCAGAGCGCUGUGUCAGUCUGAGACAACAAAGGGUGGAGAGUGGCAGCAGUGAGUUUGGACUUGAAAGUGACGGCACUCACAUUGACUCUGAAGGUGAAAAGACUGACCAGUACAGCAAAUCUAUCAAUUUCCUCGACAGCUCACACUCAAGCUCUUCCACCACUACUCAGCACCACCAUUGCGAUUCUCCACGAGCAAGGAGUUCCAGUCAGAACUGCAUUGAUGCAGUCCAGAUACUGCAGGCUGAGGUAACCAAACUGAAGGAGAGACUAGAAGAUUGUCUGAGAAACAAGAAACCUAUUAGAUCAGCUCUAUCAACUCAGGAUAACAGCUCUAAUCAAAGCACCUCUUCAUCUUGCUUCAGGUCUAGAGAGCAACGGAGUGAUGUCAGUGCAGAGAAAAGAGAAACACAGAUGGUGGACGAGGUUGAGGAGGAGACCACACAGAGACGAAUAGCCAGGAGAAAAUCUGCUUCUAUAAACCAACAAAAGCCACAACAUGAUUACUUGACAAGAUCGGAGCUGCAGCCCUGUGCACCACAGCCUCAGGUGUCCAGAUGCACUCAAACAUCUGCAGCACUAGACAGCUGCUCUUCCCACACAACUACUGUCUACAGCAGGCAAACACAGCACAGGAAGCAUCCUGUUGUUUCUGUGUCUGAAAAAGGAGAUGAACCUGACAGCAGAAGAAGUCAAGCUCCUGUUUGUUCUCAGUGUUUGUCAUUUCACAGAGCAUCCCCUGAACGACCAGCUGGUGGCGGUAGAGAGAUGCUCCAUUCCUCCACUUGCUGCCAUCAAUGUCCUCUCUGCGGACGCCUCGAAUCAUACAAAGUCAUUAAGCCAGACAGUCACAGAAUCUCCGACACUUCCACACACAUAAAGUACCAACCAGCCGAGUCCCCUGAUGGAGCAGUGGGGAGCAGGUUCUUUGCAUCUGCAGCUCCACCUGCACUGCUGCAGUGCAUGCCAGUGUGCCCUUCACCACUCCUGUUGUACUCGUCCCCCCUCUACGUCUCUCCUAACAGAACUCCCAUGUCCUCCGAGGUCACUGGUCCUGGGGAGGUGAGGAGGAGGACGAAAAGACGCUCACUGUCUGUUGACAGGGAGCGCUCGUUGGACAGCUCACUGAACAAAGCCAUCAGAGCAGCUCGACACAUGAAACACACCUCCAGGCACAUGGCUCGCUCAUUGGCAUCUGGACUGCAGUACCAGGAGCUGCUCACUCAGUCCUGCAGCUACUAGUGUGAACUGUCAUCACAGACACUAAGACUGAGAGUCAUUAACUCUAAAGCAGCUGCAGAACGAGGCACGAGCCAAAAAGAACUGAGUCGGACCAAAGUGAAUAAGAAUCUCAAAUCCUCUUUGUAAGUUUUCUUUGCUGAUGUUUUCAAAGAUAGUUCUCUCUCUCUCUCUCUCUCUCUCUCCCCCCCGCUCAGGUAGCCAAAACAUGUAUUUUUAUCUGCUGGUAAACAUUACAAUAACUCUGUUUACAUACUAUUAUGUCUUAUAGAUCAUAUUUAUUUUCAAACCUAUGACGUACUACAGAGACCCGUAUAUUCUCAUGAAUUAGUUCUGCACUUUGAGCCAUUUCUUGAUCAUGUGACACUAGUUUUCAGAAAUCUGAAAUUAACGUCAGUCUUAUUUUAGUCGCUGUAGAAAUUAAUUUUCUGAUGAUGUAGAAACUCUUUCUGCUGUAAAUGAAAUGCACUCAUGAGCCAUGAGCUCAGUUUUAGAUGGUCAUUCUUCAAACCAUAAUCAUUUGAUGUACCAAGGGCCUCAGAUGCUGGAUAUCAAAGGUUUUUUUUGUAUGUGUAGAUGAUAUAUUUUAAAAUGCGAUGUUCUAGAUAUGCUUUUUGUACUUUGUUUUUUUUAUUUAUUGCUCAUUUGUGCCGAUGUCGAUCCAACGUAAUUUUCACUGCUCCGUAAUGAGCCAAGUAAAUUUAAAAAA